AUGGCAUCAAAAAUGACUCAAUAUCAAAGACACCGUAUGGCUGAAAAUUAUUUGGUCAUCUGGCUUGAUGGAAAUAUCGACAUGGCAAAUGAAGAUUGCCAAAAUACAAUGGAACAAUUACGUGCUGUCGUCAAUCAAGUUAAUCCAUGUAACACAGCUCAACAAUGUAUACAAAUGCUUAUGGAAAAUCAAGAGGAGAUCUCAUUUGUUAUCUCCUCAGGUGCACUUGGACAACAUUUGGUACCAGAUAUUCAUGAUAUGGCAAAAUUAAAUGCCAUUUUUAUAUUUUGUGCCAAUAAACAACGACAUCAAGAAUGGGCGCAAAAUUGGCCGAAAAUUAAAGGUGUUCACACCUCAAUCAAACAUAUUUGUGAAAAAUUGGCAACAGCAAUCAAACAAUGCAAUCAAGAUCAUAUGUCGAUGAGCAUUGUUAGUGUGAAUGCAGGAGUCGAUCUUCAACUUACGUCAGAUGAUGAUCCACAACUUCGAGAAUUAACUGACUUUAUACGAAAAGAGGUCAGCGGCACUGGAUGGCGUCGAAUGGGGCAAUUGUUAUUCAAAAUAGGUCAAUUCGACAAGGCCGAAGAACUAUAUCUGGUACUACUAGAACAGGCAUCGGAUGAUAGUGAUAGAGCAUACAUUUAUCACCAGCUUGGAAUGAUGAAACGAAACCAAGGACAAUACGAAGCAGCAGUUGCAUUUUACGAACAAUCUCUGAAAAUCGAGCAAAAAACUCUUCCGAAAGAUGAUCCUUCAUUAGCUCCUACGUACAAUAAUAUUGCUCUAGUAUAUAAUAACAUGGGUGACUACUCGAAAGCACUUGAAUUUUACGAAAAAUUACUUAAAAUCGACGAAAAAGCUCCGCCUUCGAACCAUCCUGAUUUGACUACUUCAUACAGCAACAUCGGUCAAAUGUAUAAUAACAUGGGUGAUUACUCGAAAGCACUUGAAUGUUACGAAAAAUCACAUAAAAUCUACGAAAAAACUCUGCCUUCGAAUCAUCCCUCAUUGGCUGGAAGUCGUUUGAGUUUUGCAGCAUGUUACGAAAAAAUGGGUGAUUACACAACAGCUCUUGAAGCCCUUAGAAAUGCUUAUCAAAUUCAGCAAAAAGCUUUUGAAGGUAAUCCAGCUUUCGCUUCAACAUACAGCUGGAAAAUUUCAUCUCAUCGAAAAGCAUUAAAUAUUCAAGAAAAUGUUCAAUGUAAUCCUCCCGAAUGUGCAACGACAUAUAUAAAUUUAGGUGAAAUAUAUCGUCAAAUGAAAGAUUAUACAACGGCAUUGACAUAUUAUCAAAAAGGAUUAGAAAUACGUGAAAAUAAACUACCAAAAAGUCAUCCUGAUUUAGCUGUUGUAUAUCACAAUUUCGCGAAAUUAUAUUUAUCUACUCGACAAUAUAAUAUGGCAAUGAAAAAUGUUCAACAAGCCGUAGAAAUUGCUCAAGAAAAAUUACCUUCAAAUCAUCCUAAUAUUUUGGAAUAUAAAGAAACAUUUGAAAAAAUUCGACAGAAAAUAUAA